AUGAUUGCAGCCCACGAGACACAAUCCCGACACCACAUUUCUAAACGGCAUGACCUCAAACAGCUCCGUUGCCGCAUUCAUGUCCUUCUCCUGCACGUAACCUGUUAUCAUCGCAUUCCAAGACACGACAUUCUUGUCGGGCAUUUCGUCAAACACCUGUCUCGCUUCACGCAACCUCCCAUUCUGCACUUCUCUUGCCUCGUCCAUUUUCCCACUUUGCGCAUAGCACGUGAUUAUCAUGUUCCAGGAGAUUACGUCCCGCACGGGCAUGCGGUCGAAGAUCCGCAUGGCCUCAUCCAGUUCCUUCCUCUUCAAGUAGCCGCUCAUCAAACAAUUCCAGGAAGCCACCGGCCAGAAGACCCUGCACUCAAACAGAGCCCUCGCCUCCUCUAUUUUCCCUCAGAGAGAAUCCCAUUCCAAGAGAUCUCGUCCUUCUCAGGCAUGCAGUCGAAAACUCGCCGGGCCUCGUCCACGAGCCCCCUGUCCGCGUACCCGGAUAAAAUUGCGUUCCACGAGACGAUCCCCGAGGUUGCCACUCUUGACGUAUUGACUCAUCAUUAUGUUGCCGGUGACCACAUCCCUUUGGGGCAUUUUCUCGAACAUGUGGUGGGCAAGCCCGAUUUCGCCGUAGCCGGAUAUCAUGGUGUUGUAGGAGACCGUCGUUUUGCGGGGCAUAGAGUCGAACAGGCGCCGGGCAAGGUCGCAUUGGCCUCUGCGCAUGUGUUUGGCGAUGGCUAUGUUGCAUCGCACUAUGUCCGGGUCGGUGGUUUGAGGAGGGUUGGGAAUGGGCGGUUUGGGAAGGCGGCCGAUAUUGCGGCCAAAAGGCGGAGAUGA